AUGAGUGGUGUUUGGGAAGCUCCUCCUCAGCCUCCCACCAAGCUUGGCCGCUACCGGCAACUGGCACCUCUGGCAGGCGUGCAUGUCUCGCCCAUACAACUCGGCGCUAUGAGUAUCGGUGAUGCGUGGCAGAAGUUCGGCAUGGGUGCGAUGGACAAGGAGAGCAGCUUCCAGCUGCUUGACGCGUACUACGACGCUGGUGGAAACUUUAUUGACACAGCCAACGCCUACCAGGAUGAGACGUCUGAGCUGGUCAUCGGCGAGUGGAUGGAAAAGCGCGGCAACCGUGAACAGAUUGUCCUCUACACCUCCAACUACAAAUAUGGCACUUCGUUCAGCGAGAUUCCCCAAAAGACGCAUUACAUCGGCAAUAACCUCAAAUCACUGCACAACUCUGUGAACGCGUCGCUCAAAAAGCUGCGUACGGACUAUAUCGACAUCCUAUACGUGCACUGGUGGGACUACGUUACCAGCGUCGAGGAGGUCAUGAAUGGUCUCCACAACCUCGUCGCGCAAGGCAAGGUGCUCUAUCUCGGCGUCUCCGACACGCCUGCAUGGGUCGUCUCAAAGGCCAAUACCUACGCGCGCAUGGCCAACAAGACGCCAUUCGUCAUCUAUCAAGGAGAGUGGAGUAUCAUGAAGCGUGAUCUUGAGCGCGAUAUUUUGCCUAUGGCUCUUCAUGAAGGCAUGGCCAUAGCACCUUGGGGCGUCCUUGCCGGCGGCAAGGUCCGUACAGACGCAGAAGAACAGCGCCGCAUCGAGUCGGGUGAGGGCGGUCGCACCAUGUUCGGCGACUGGAAGCGAACCGAGGAAGAACGAAAGAUCUGCUCGGGUCUCGAAAAGGUUGCCGCCGAUAUUGGCGCGAAGAGCAUCACCUCUGUUGCUAUUGCAUAUCUCAUGCAGAAAGCUCCCUACAUCUUCCCGGUCAUUGGCGGACGCAAGGUCGAGCAUCUGUACCAGAACUUAGAGGCACUCGAUAUCUCUCUCACUCCCGAGCAAAUCAAAAGCCUCGAUGACAUUGCGCCGUUCGACAAAGGCUUCCCAUUCGCCUCCUUCGGUGAUGGAUCCUACUACAGUCAUAGGUACACGGCCACAGGCCACUUCGACAAGUGGCCUGCUCCUCAGGCAAUUCGACCUGCGUCGAAAUAGUA